CUAAAUGUUAUCACUGCGAUACUACUUGGGCACGUGGAAAGCCGUUAGUUAUGAAAGCACCAUCAAUUACUGGCGAUAGUAUUCCUGUCAGACAGCAAAUGACAGGAGUAAUUAACCCUAAAGGAAUUAUAUACAUAUUUGAAAUUUCUCUUGAUCUACCUUCCAAUCUUGUAAAAAUGAAAAAUCUUAAACUCUUUGAUACAACAAUAGAUGAAUGGUCAUCUAUGGACGCCGUUGGUGCAGAUGUUGACCCAAGAUGGAUUUUUUCUUCGGUAUUAAAUGGACGUAUUAUUAUAUUUGGGGGUUGUACAUUCAAUAAUACUGGCGUUAGCCCAAAACUUGCCGUAUUAGAUACAAACAAAAAUCCAUAUGAAUGGUCGAUUCCAAGUAGUUCCAACGUUAAUUCUCCACCAUCUAUUUAUGGACAUACAGCAAAUUUAUAUUAUAAUUAUAUGAUAAUUACAUUUGGAUACGACAUAGAUAACGAAACGUAUAAUUCGCAAGUAUAUCUUUAUGAUAUAAAGAAUAAUGCGUGGGUUACACAUUUUGACCCUCCUUCCUCUCGUAACCUGUUGCUGAUCGGGCUUGUAACGGGAAUAG